AAAUCUGAGUCUGAACCUCCACACAGUUUUACCAUAAUACCCUUUAUAUUUCCUUUCUCACUUUCCCUCCCAUAUUUCAAGAGGCAGAGAGAUUUAGGGUUUGAUUUUGAGAGUAAGGUUUUAGCUCAUUCUUUGCUAUGGAAAAUUUAACAACACUCGACACUGGAACCGCCGACGUUGCAGCUUAAAAAUCUGUUCGGAUUUCAGGUGAUAAAUUGAGAGGGGAGAUUAUGGAAAAUAGAUGCUCAAUGGGUAAUGUGUCAAGGAAAGGGCUUACUGACAUAUCCAACUUACAGCAGCAACCUAAAUUGUUAAACCAAGGUGCAAAGCUGCUGUUGCAACCUGCUUCACUCGGGACUAAAGAUUACAUCGACAAACUUCAACAGGAAAAUAUGAUGCUGAUGAAAGUUCUUGCAGAUCGAAAUAAAGUCAUUGAAUUGAGUGGAAUUGAAUUACAAAAGCUGAGAAUCAAUUUGGAGAAGUUUCAGCAACAGAACAUGGUACUUGCCCAAGCAAACAGCCAGAUGUUAGCGGAACUUAAUUCAAGCAAAGAUAGGUUGAAAGCCCUUAAACAUGAGCUGGGAUGUAAAAAUGCUCUGCUUAAAGCUAUUAAAUUGGAGUUAGGAACAAACAAGUGUGGCAAGGCAGGUGAAUCACAUGAUGAAAAAGAUGGAGAAAAUAAAACUUGUAAUACGAACGGAUGUGGCGAGACAGGUGAAUCCCUUAAAGGAGAAGAUAAAGAGAAUAAACCGUGUAAUAUGACCAGAAAGAGACAAUCGUACGAUCUUGGUCCUUGUAAUAUUAAACCAGUCCAAGGCAAAGAGGGGGUCAAGAACAAAAGCAGGGUGUAUGCAAAAAGGCAAUCUGCUAGGCGUAAAACCCAAGCAGAAACAACUGAAGAUGUAAUUGAGGUAGAUGAUACAAAAUCUUUUGAUUCUACCUGUGAUGAUAAGGUCCAUGGGAGUGGCCCUUCUGAUAUCAAACCAGUCCAAGCUAAGGAAGGGAUUGACAACAAAAGGGUUUGUUUAAGAAGGCAAUCUGCUAGGUUUAAAUCCCAAGAACCUGAAACUACUGAAUAUAUGUUUGAGGUAGAUGAUACAAAAUCUUUUGAUUCUACCUGUGAUGAUAAGGUCCAUGGGAGUGGCCCUUCUGAUAUCAAACCAGUCCAAACCAAGGAGGGGAUUGACAACAAAGGGUUUUUGGUUUGUUUAAAAAGGCUAUCUGCUAGGUUUAAAGCCCAAGAACCUGAAACUACUGAAUAUAUGUGCGAGGUAGAUGAUACAAAAUCUUUUGCUCCUAUCUGUGAUGAUAAGGUGUGUAAAAGUGGCCCUUCUGAUAUUAAAUCCACCCAAGGCAACAAAAGGGAUGACGGCAAAAGAAGGCAAUCUGCUAAGAUUAGAGCACAAGAACCAGAAACGAGCAUAGAUGUGUUUGACGUAGAUGAUGUCAGGUGUCUUGUUUCAUCUAUCAGUGAUGAUAAGGUGCAUGAAAGUGGCCAACUAUCUUCCAAUUCAUCAGUGAAAAGCGAACAGGAAGAAGGAAAUACGAGUAUGUCCACCAGAAAUGAAGCUCAAGAACUUAGAAGGGUAUCUGUGGGAAGGCCUUUACGCCGAGCAGUGGAGAAGGUCCAAUCCUACAAGGAAAUGAAGGUUAAUGUGAAGAUGCGCAGAGAAGUGUGAGUGAGUUCAUUCUCUUAGCAUCUUUCUAAUAAGCUUUGAGUUGCAUCUAAUUUCUGUGUUACCACAACACUGUAUAAUAUAUGUUGUGCCUUUUUCUUUUUCUUGCAUGCCUAACCCAAUGCAUCUACCAUGUAUGACUGUUGGAAAUGCCUGAAUUCCAAGUAGUUUUGUAAGAUUUUUGAUCCAUUUGCUGGUCGAAUGUGGAAUAUUUGUGUGGGAAUUUUCACAAGAGAAUUCGCCUCAAGUUCAAACAA